GGGGCACAACAGAUACAAAAUCAAACAACUCUUUCAUGGAUAUAUUUCCUUUCGAUUGGGGCUCAUCUGAGCGAAGUCAUUGAGGUGGUUUAUGGAGUUAAGGCCGAUGGGGAUUGUGUUCCAUCUCCUGAUGACUAUCUACCAAGUGGUUGUUGCUGUUGUUGUUGACCACUUCCUUCCUCCUAUGUAUGUAGCAGGCUCCCCCCACUUCCACUCUUCAUCUCUCCUGACCACUACCAAUCCAAUCCUAGUAGUACAUACUCGAUCAGCUUCACCAUGGACAGCUUCGCCGAUGGAUCCAAGAGCAUUCUUCAGGACGACACUCAACCUUACCCUCACCCAAACAACCGACAGAGACAUCUCGAAGCACUCGACAGGCCUACAAAACGAAGGAGAAGCAUCAGUCCGUUGAGCGACAAAUUAUCAAGGUGCAAGAAGCCAACACUUAUCCAUCACCAUCUUCAAACGGCGCUGACGAAAACGAAGAAAGAAGAGCAUUCAUUAAGCCCGUCUUGCAAGUCCACCCCGACGAUCAGUGCGGCAGUCGAUAGCAUCAACGAGCGAGCGACUCGCUUGGGCUUGGAGAAUGCAUAUCCGGAAGAUGUAGAGAUGGAUUUUUGUCCGAUUUCAGAAGGAGAAGAGGCUGACGAUGAAGAGACGAGCUACGAACGAGAACGAGUACCCAUCCAUCAUCACUCAACACCCAACAUCACCACCACCACCUCCUCCACCUCCUCAAUACUCCCUCUACACAAGCCGCAUCCUCUGGCUUACCAACAACAUCUCGCGCUCAUCUCUUCCACCCGGUCCAAGAAACUCUCAAACUCUAAUCGGAUUCUCAACUCUCAAAAACUUUCCGUCGGUCAUCAAGACGAACACGAGAGCAGAAAAGAAAAUAAUCAUUUCUGAUCGAUCCUUCGAAGAACAACCCGGUGGUUUCUAGUUAACGUUUUAUUUAUUCCUUCACAAGUUGGGUAUUUGGUAACCUCUCUUGUUUUCAAAAUUCUCGGAAACUCACUCUCACAUAUAGAUAGUUAUUCUUCUCUCUCUCUGUUCUAGUUACGACUCGUUUCCAUGCUACAUUUGAUCGUUAUAUUAACCUUAUUACUCAUCCAACCAACACAAAAGAUGUCCACAUCUACUCCUAGCCCCCAAUGCUUCACUAUAUCGUUUAACUACCGUUGUCUUAUUCUUCUUGCGUUCGUCUCAUUUGAUUCAUCUUUUGUUUGUUUGUUUCAUCACCAGUCCAAUCAUAGAACCUUGCCUAUAACCCACUCAAAAAAAAACUGUUCAUUAUUUAGUACUUUGCUCCAUCCAAAUUAUGGAAUGGGCGUUAGGAAGUCGUAAUGUGUCUGAGCAAUUCGAACUGACACGCAAUUUCAGGUCUGAAACAAAUGUCUUCAAUUUUCGAGAGUCG